ACGAAAUCAAGUUGACAUCCGUGUAGAUCUCCGUCAUCCUUGUAUCAUAUCUUCUGUGGUCCCCAUAUCCGCAAAGUUUCCUAUCGUGCUUUAAUCUUGGACGAGCUGAUUGGUCUUGAUUAAACCUGUGCAGUCAGAGUGCCUGUCUUCAGCUAUUUUUCGAACUUGUUUCGGAGUAGAACGCCCUUCUUCGUCAACACGUCCCCUCCGACCUAACCACUGGGUUGCACUCCAGGAGUUUCCUUGUACUUCCUCUGCUUUACAGAACUCAAGAAACCCACGCGAGUCAGAAAGAGACCUCGAGUAUCUAACAGGAAGCGGAUCGUGGCAGUCACGAGUCAACGACCAGGACAACAACCAUAUUAGUCUCAGCCGCCCAGGUCGCACCGAGUCAAUUGCCCGAAUCCGUCUAUUAGUGUUGGAUACCAACUUGUUCCAAGCAUCCUGCCACCCGUGUUCUCCGACCUCCGACGUAUUGAUCGAAAUUCCCGCCUGAUUCGAACCGUACAAAAUGGCCCACUCAUCACCUCAUGUCACGCCGUUCAUUCCACCCCUCCCAGAGAUUCACGGCGGGCCCCCCUCACAACAAGGUCCCGUUAUCCCUCCCGUUAUCCCUCCCUUCUCUCCUUCAGGGUCCAUUCCCCCCUCAUUCGGACAACAAACACCAAGCCAAGCGUCGAACGGGUACCUCAGUCCAUACGGCACUCCUUACUACCCACCUACACAAAUGGCCCCACCAGGCUCGUACUAUAUGCCUACCGUCAAUCUCCCAGACGGUGGCCCGCCGCCACCCGCGAUGAAUCACAACAUUCCCCGUGGAGGGUCACAACCGCCGCAACCGGGCUUCUCUUCGGAUUGGACAGGUUUUCCUCCACCACCCCCUUCUCAAGGGACACCGUGGGGCCAACCCGCACCGCCUCCUCAAGGGACGCCGUGGGGUCAACCAGCGCAGAUACCAGGUCAAUGGGGUGCACCUCCUCCACCUCAUCCUUCAUAUACGGGUUACAACAACUUUCAACAGCCACUACCGGGAGGGUAUGCACCCCCGCCUCCUCCCGCUUUUGGCGGCUACGGUGGUCCUCCUGGGUAUGGCGGACCAUCCUGGGGAUAUACGCCCAGUCCUUAUGCCCAGCCGCUUCCCGGUGGAUGGCCGCCGCAACAAUCAGCACCGCCACCCAUGCCACCCAUGCAAAUGCAUCGUGUAGCACGAGCAGACAGAGGCGAUAAGGUAGGCCAUUUUGAGGCGGGCGCUCAUUACGGUCCUGUCCUGAAACCAAUGCUCUUGAAGAUUGUUCGUGCGGACCUUUCAAUCAACCCACUCCUUCAACCUCUACCUAUUGAAGACCCCCCUGAACCACGACUCAUCUGGAAUAUGCUCUUUUCGACUGCGCUCUGCCGUCGUUCGACUGACCCUAUAGAUCGCUCGUGGUCUGUCGGUCGCCAGGAGCCUGCCACUUUCCCUCGCGUCUCCUCCAUUCGUCUUCUCUCGCGGACUAUUCCCUGGCUCAUCGAUAUCCCCGCGUCCAACCCUGUUAUUGGCGUCACUUGUGGCGACGUCAUCGAACAGCUCUCCGACUACCUACAAGGUCGGAUCUCGAAGAAAGACUUUGACAAGGCUUCUCGCGAGACGCAAGAGGCUCUGAAGGCGACGUACCAUCAUAAUCGGAGUAGGGACGAGGGCGUUCCGGGAGGCAGACUUGGGGAGGGGUUGAAGAGGCUGGAUUGGUUGGGACCGAAGACGAUGUGGGGAGGGCUGGAGAAGAACGAUGCGUUGGUGAGGGAAGUUUGUGACGAGGUGUUGCCGUGUAUAUUGGAGUUGAAGUGUGAUCCGAGACCGAUCGCGGACGACGAUGUGAGGGUUCAAAGGGAGGGUAGGAGAAGGUCGAGGAGUGCGAGGAGUAGCAGGAGGUCAAGCCCAGGACAUUGAACCUGAAACCGGCGAAUUGAAUGUGGAUAUGUUAUCAGUAUUGGGUGGAUAUGCUUCUGUUUCCUUUUAUAUUCCUUUUCAUAUCCAAAGCGCAUGAUGCUAUUGUACUCCACGUCCCUCGUCAUUACUAUGUAUACCUGUUGUAUGACCCAUACCAUGCUCAAUAUUUUAUCCUCGUCUGUACCC